AUGGUAGAUGGCAGAACGAGAGCUAGCAUCAAUGACAUUUUCUUCACUGAGCCCACCACAGAAAUGAGCUCCCUUCCUGGGCGCUCUCACAGCCCCUUGCCCUUGAACCUCACAUCACUGAUGGCAAUUUGCAGAGGAAUGAUUAAGUCGGUGAUUCACUUUAGGACGCGGUGCCCUCCGAAGCUGACUAAACACACAAGGCCCACGUUAGGCCCAGUACCAUGGAAGGAACUAAGGAUUAGUCACCGGCCCAAUGAAUGCAUCAGACACUCAGCUUCAGUUCCCAUGGCAACAGGGGCUAACGGUCUAGGGACUAAGGAUGAGACAAAGAGAAACGCAGAGAAAUGUACGUGUUCUGUCUUCCUCUGA